CACAUAAUAAGAAUAUCCAGUGUGUGGGUUUUAUCCACACGGUUGGUUGUGUGCUAUUUUUAACAACAUAUCACUCUGCCUUGCUUCUUUUCCAGUAGUAUCUGCCGGCUGGAUUAAUAAACAUUGCUAUUACCAUUUCUCUUUCUAUAUUGUAUCAGUAGGGUAUUAUUCUUGUGAGAGAUUAAAGAUAAUCAUAAUUAACAAUUAAUAGUAAUAAUCUGCUGCUGGGUUAAUUUUUUGGAAAUCAUUGCGAGAUAUGGCUGCUGCUAUCAGACCUUCUCCUCCUUUAUCCAAUCAUUAUCAUCAUAUUCCCACUUUUUCCUCUAUCACUCCCACUGUUUUUAAUCUUCAUUUUUUUAAAAAUAGUAAGAAGAAUUUGAGACAUGUUUUCAAUUACCAAAUUCCUUCAAAUUAUACUACUAAGUCAUUUCUUAUAAGGAACUUAUCUUCUAAUAAUAAUAAUUCUACCCUUCAACAAGAUGACGAGGACGAUGACGAAGACGAUGAAGAAGUUAUUAUAAUGGAUAAGGCUGAUAAAGAUAAGGCUAAUGAAGCCACUGCUGCAGGAUAUGAUGAUUUACCUGACCGCUGGGAUGUUCUAGGCCUUGGCCAAGCCAUGGUUGACUUUUCGGGCAUAGUGAAUGAUGACUUUUUAAUGAGGUUAGGACUAGAAAAGGGUACAAGAAAGGUUGUAAAUCAUGAAGAGAGGGGUAGAGUUCUGCAAGCAAUGGAUGGAUGUAGCUACAAGGCUGCUGCUGGAGGUUCCUUGUCUAAUACCCUAGUCGCAUUGGCUAGGCUUGGUGGUCACCAAAUGGGUGGCCCUGCCUUGAAUGUUGCUCUAGCUGGUAGCAUUGGCAGUGAUCCUUUAGGUGGCUUCUACAGAACUAAACUUCGACGGGCCAAUGUGAGUUUUCUUUCUGCACCGGUGAAGGAUGGGACAACAGGGACAGUUAUAGUUCUGACAACCUCGGAUGCUCAACGUACAAUGCUUGCAUAUCAGGGUACAUCUUCUUAUAUUAAGUAUGACUCGAGUAUGGAGAGCAUCAUUUCCAAGACAAAUAUUCUGGUUGUUGAAGGAUAUUUGUUCGAAUUUCCUGAUACGAUCAAGACAAUUAAGAAAAUUUGUCAAGUUGCUCGUGAUAGUGGUGCUUUAGUUGCUGUUACAGCCUCAGAUGUGACGUGCAUAGAAAGACAUUAUGAUGAUUUUUGGGAAAUCAUGGAGAACUAUGCAGAUAUUGUGUUUGCAAAUAGUGAUGAAGCCAGAGCUUUUUGUCAUUUCUCUGCAGAGGAAAGUCCUGUUUCAUCCACACAAUAUCUAAGUCAUUUUGUUCCACUAGUUUCCGUCACAGACGGGCCAAGAGGGUCAUACAUUGGGGUAAAGGGAGAGGCGUUAUAUAUUCCUCCUUCACCUUGCAUGCCGGUGGACACUUGUGGGGCCGGGGAUGCUUAUGCUUCUGGAAUAUUGUACGGAUUGUUGAGGGGUGCAUCAGAUUUAAAGGGAAUGGGCACAUUGGCAGCCCGGGUUGCAGCUACAGUGGUGGCGCAGCAGGGAACACGGCUUAGGGUUCAAGAUGCUGCUAGAUUGGCCGAGUCAUUUGCAUAUAAUGUUGAGAGCCAGUCACUUCAGGCAGAUGUUGGUUCAGACCAGAUUUCUAGUUUGUAGUUCAUUGUUGAUAGAUUGUAUGUAGUUCUUUCUAUUUGUUUUAAUUGAUUGACAUAUUGAAUUCAACUAGCUUGCAAGGACAUCUAUUGCGCAAGGAUGUUGAUUGUACAUAAGAGAGUUAAAUUUCGAAGAAUGGCCAGUGGUAGACAGUUUAAUGACA